AUAAAAAAAACCAUGAUAACCGUCAACUAAGCCAACAUAACUAACUUUUCAUUGCAUCCGUUAUUAGCAAAUCACACAGACCCACGUGUCUAAUUCUUUCCCGCCAAAACAUAGUUCUCAAAUAACCGCCAUGCUCACAGUUAUAUACGCGCAAUUUAUCUCUCGCUUCAGCUGAGUCCAGAACCUGAGCACUGGCAAACCUGCAUCCAAGAAUCUCCAUAAAUGGCCACUCAACUUCUCAUCUUCCUCACCCUUCUCUCUUUCCUCUCCGUUUCCUCUCCUCUUCCCGCCGAUAACAUUCAUGAUGCCGCCAGCAACCUCUCCAUUUCCGGCUACACUUCGAUGGCUCUCACUCUCGAAUUCGGCUCUCAAUCCAUAAUCCCGCCAUCUUCCUCUCUCACCAUCUUCUCUCCCCCUGACAUUGAGUUCUCUAAGGUAGGCCAACCCUCUCUCUCCCUCCUGCAAUUCCAUUUCUCUCCACUGUUUUUCUCUCCCCAAUCACUCAAAAUCUUACCUCCUGGAACCAAGAUCCCCACUUUGAAUGCCAAUCAUUCACUCAUCAUCACUUCCUCACCGUCUGAUGUCGAUGUUUCACUGAAUGGUGUCAAGAUUAAUGGUUCAGCGAUAUAUAAUGAUGGGUCUUUGGUAGUCUUUGGAAUCGAGAAGUUUCUUGAUCCCGAUUUUGAGGUUUCUGGUUCCAUCAGUGGGAGGCCUGCUCAGGGUUUUAGAUGUUCUGGUAACGGUGACGAUUUCCACAUGUUUGAGAAGGCAAGUGGAGCUUUGAGAUCAAGAGGGUACUCUAUUAUGGCCUCAUUUCUUGAUUUGCAAUUGACGGAGUUCAAGAACCAGACUUUUAUAACGAUCUUUGCUCCGGAGGAUGAGAUAGUAAAGAGCUUAAUCGGCAAUUUCACAGAGUACCGGUCGAUCUUUCUCAGGCAUUUUGUGCCUUGCAAGAUUGCAAGUAAUGAUCUGGCUAAUCUUGAAAAUGGUGUGUUGUUGCCCACUUAUUUGGAUGAAUUCUUGAUAAAUGUCACAAGGUCUGGUGAUACUGUGCUGCUCAGUGGAGUUCAGGUCGUAGCUCCUGAUUUGUAUAACAAUAGUUGGCUUGCUGUUCAUGGCCUUCUUCGUGGGAGUUUCGUGGGGCAAGAGAACUCUCAUCAAGCUCCAAGAUCUUCAUCCGGGGGCAGAAGAAACCGUGAGAAUAUAGCAGCUGAUUUUAUGUUGUGGACAUCAUUAUCUCUUCUGUUCCUCUGCAUCUUUUACCAGAACAUUUAG